GCCCAGACCGCGUUUGGCAAGGCACCAGUUGUGGAAGUGGAGGAGGCUUCGGGCUUGACCAAGACCGUCGCCGACCACGCGCUGCUGAUCUCCUUGCUGCUGAUGGUCCUGUGCUGUGCCUUUGCCUACACUGAGCAGUCGGAACCGCGGGCGGCAGGUCCUUGCGAGAAGCGUGCGGACUACAACAGCUUUCUGAUGAUCUCGAACAUCCUUUGCUUCACGUCUGGCUUCGUGAACGCACUGGCCAUCAUCGACAUGGGCAUGACGGUGUCUCACCAGACCGGCAACACCAGUUUGAUUUUCAACGGCGGCAUCAAGUUCUUUCACUUGAUGGCAGCCUUCGCUGCGGGAGCUUUUGUGUCGGGCUUCACCAAGUCUGACAAGGAGGCAGAUGGCGCUGAGCCACCCACCCUGCUCAAGGUCCUCCUCUUUGGAGCUGGCAUCUUCUUCUUCGGACUUGGCGGUGUGGCAGCCAUGGAGACCCACAAGACCUGGGGCGCGCAGGCAGCAUUGAUCCCGGCCGCCAUCACAGCGGCGGUGGCUGGUGGUCUCAUCCCGGAAUGCUUUUUCGGCCCUGGCUGGAAGCCCAAGGAGUUCUACGGAAUGAGGAAAGAAAGCACCGGCAUGGGCGACAGUCAGCUCAAAGUGAAGCUGAAGAUGGGUGUGGACUUCGUGGGAACCACAGGAAAGGCUCUCUUUCGGCCUGAGUGCACCACGCCGGCGUUUUUGCAGUCUUACAAGAAGGUCUUAGCCACCGUGGAUGCUUACAACAACGAGAUUGUUUGGUGGUGCAACCGGAACCCGGACUACAUUGCCUGGAGCCAUGGGAACCUGAACGUGGACAACGUCUUUUUCUGGAGGGACGCUGAGG